ACGACAGCUCCAACUCGUCCCGCUUCCAUCCCUCCCUUUUCCCGGCUUCCCCCUCCAAUCAUCUCCCCCACCGCCACCCCCUUCCAUGAAACAAAAAAUGCCAGCCAAAAUGCCGGAUUCGGAGCCUAGGAUUCGUAUCAUCUCAUCUCAUUUGAUCGAGAAAAGUCGAUAUUUUUGAGAGGGAUUCAGGCUUUUUGAUGCCGUCGGCGCUUCCUUAUCUUUGAGAAAGAGGGAGGGGGGGAAGAGAGAAAAAGGGAGAAAUGCGUCCUAGCUUCUGCCAGAGCUGCCUCGCCUUUUUCCUGAAGUUUCUGAAUUACCUCCAGACCUUCGUCGGCGUCUCGCUCAUUCUCUAUUCGGUGUGGAUGCUGAAGCACUGGCACCGACACGGUCACGGCGGCAGCGGCUUUAGUUUCGAUUUUGACAAGCUUCCAGUUCCUUGGUUGGUGUGCUCGUUGAUGGGCAUCGGGUUCUUGGUGUGUUUAAUUGCUUUCACAGGGCAUGUUGCUGCCGAGGCCAUUAGUGGCUGUUGCCUCUGUUUCUAUGCAGUUUUGACCACGAUUUUAAUUUUACUGGAAGCUGCUUUGGUGGGUGAUCUCGUAUUCAACAAACACUGGGAAGAGGAUCUUCCACAUGAUGCUACUGGAGAAUUAAAAAGGCUUCGAGCCUUUGUUGAAGCCAAUAUAGGUAUAUGUAAGUGGGUGGCCGUAACUGUAUUGGUGGUUCAGGCACUCUCACUUCUGUUAGCAGUGAUUCUGCGAGGAAUGGCCUCAUCGAAAACUGUGGACUAUGAUAGUGAUGAAGAAUUCUUUAAUGUAAGAAAGCCUCUGCUAAAUCCACAAGGUGGUCCAACUUUUGCUUCAACCUCUUUUGACAAUACAGUGAUUUCCUCAGACACCUGGAACUCACGAAUAAAGCAGAAGUAUGUUCUUGGCCAAAGCCAGCUUUCAGACAAUGCCAUGGAUCCAAAGACAUCGGGUGAUCUCCACAUCUAGUGGUAGCUAUGAGGACCAAAGUCUAUUCAUUGUAUUCUUCUGUAAGUAGGUAGAAACUGUGUGAUGGUUUGCUAGUAUUCUUCUGUAUAGUUGUGGAGACUGGCUUGUAUAAAUCUGUUGCUGCUUCUAUUAUCCUUUUCUGGAACAUACGGUUGGAAUCAUUUGAACUUUCUAAGAAUGAUUCAGUAAUUCAGAACUAUGUGAUUAGUUUGUUUUGA